AUGUCCAAGAUCACGGACACACCGCACAUGUCAAUCAUUCCCAGGGCCCUACCCCACACAUGUCAGUCAUUCCCAGGGCCCUACCCCACACAUGUCAGUCAUUCCCAGGGCCCUACCCCACACAUGUCAGUCAUUCCCAGGGCCCUACCCCACACAUGUCAGUCAUUCCCAGGGCCCUACCCCACACGUCAGUCAUUCCCAGGGCCCUACCCCACACAUGUCAAUCAUUCCCAGGGCCCUACCCCGCACAUGUCAAUCAUUCCCAGGGCCCUACCCCACACAUGUCAGUCAUUCCCAGGGCCCUACCCCACACAUGUCAGUCAUUCCCAGGGCCCUACCCCACACGUCAGUCAUUCUCAGGGCCCUACCCCACACAUGUCAAUCAUUCUCAGGGCCCUACCCCACACAUGUCAAUCAUUCUCAGGACCCUACCCCACACAUGUCAGUCAUUCUCAGGGCCCUACCCCGCGCAUGUCAGUCAUUCCCAGGGUGAUGGUAGUAUAAAGGACACUUGUGCCAUCUUGCACUUUUGCAUGAGCUGAAUGUCCAUGUCAUGUAUUACCACUAGGUAAUGACUGUGUUUAUGGAGUGUGUUCUCGGGAUGUGUGAGGCUGGAAAAGAGGUCAGCACCUGGGCAUGAAGGUGGGGGACUGUGGGUAUAGGAGGAGUGGGCAGUAGUGGGCGGUUUACAGUGGAACAAGGCGGCGCAAGAAUGGAGAGGAGAUCUAUGCUGGGAUGUUUAGACUCUAUGAUAUUAUGGCAAUAUUAUGGGGAGAAAUUGUAAUAUUUAACUGUUCUUUCUUGGGAUGGGAUGUUUAGACUGUAUGAUGUUAUGGUAAUAUUAUGAGGCCAAAUUGUAAUAUGGAACUGUUCUUUCCCCAUCUGCUACAGUCAUAGCAAACAGGGAAUGUUCUUUCCUAACACAUUGUUCCUUUCUCUUUCCCCUCCCUCUCUCUCUUGCUCUGUCUAUCCACAUCUUCCUUUCUCUUUCCCUCACUUCCUCUUUUCACAGAUUCGCUACAUUUCUCAGACGCAAGGUUUGCCCGGGGAGCAUCUGUUGAAUGUGGGGUCAAAGACGGCACGGUUCUUCUGCAGGGAGUCUGACUCCCCCUACGCAGCAUGGCGAUUGAAGGUAAGAAGGACCCCUGAGCCCAAAAUACAUCCCCAACAGAACCCCCCCCGAGCACCCUCUCUCAACCAUUCCAUACACCGACCCCCUCCUCUUUGCUCCUCUCCACCAAAACACACACUCCUCUUAGCCCAGCACUGAAACAAACCUUCGUAUUAUCUCUGACACCAUCACCAAACAUUCUCCCCUCCCUCUCAGCAAACAGUCACUACUCCCACCACACACCAGAGAGGAAAACCCCCACACAAGCAUCCUCUCUUUUUCACUGCUUGAACAAACUCUUGAGAUAAAGGCUGAAGGGAUAAACCAAACCCUUCUUUCUCUCCCUCUCUCUCUCUCGCUCUCCCUCUCUCUCGCUCUCCCUCUCCCUCUCGCGCUCUCUCUCUCUCUCUCUCUCCCUCUCUCUCUCGCUCGCUCGCUCGCUCGCUCUCUCUCCCUCUCCCUCUCUCUCGCUCGCUCUCUCUCCCUUUCUCUCUCUCUUUCCCCCUUUCUCCAGUCGACUGAUGAGCAUGAGACCGAGACAGGGAUGAAAUCAAAGGAAGCAAGGAAGUACAUCUUCAGCUGUUUGGAUGACAUAGUGCACGUAAGUCUUGUUCCACAGGAUGUGCACACCUUCAGCUGUUCCAACUAGAACUCAGGAAGCUCAUGGUCAGGUGGUUAGAUGAUAUAGAGCAGUAGGUCUGAGAGAGAGGAAGUUCACCUUCAGCUGUUUGACUGAAUAAGCUAGAGCAUGUACGUACACCUCAUUGCUGGAAAAAACCCAUUCUCACAUCUCUAGUCAUAUGCUAAGUGACAUGCUAAGGUUCAGCACCGAACACUUAGUUUGAAAGUCAAGCCUUGGGUGAAACCACAGCUGGAAAUUCCCUUACAAUGAGAUCAUGGGUUGGAAAUGUCCCUGCUGAUGUUUUUACGAGAUGGGGUGAUGUAGAAUGCUGUAGAUAUGUAGAGACGGGGGUGAUGUAGAAUGCUGUAGAUAUGUAGAGAGGGUGAUGUAGAAUGCUGUAGAUAUGUAGAGACGGGGGUGAUGUAGAUGCUGUGAAUAUGAAGAGACAUGGGGGUGAUGUAGAAUGCUGUAGAUAUGUAGAGACGGGGGGUGAUGUAGAUAUGUAGAGACGGGGUGAUGUAGAAUGCUGUAGAUAUGUAGAGACGGGGUUGAUGUAGAAUGCUGUAGAUAUGUAGAGACGGGGGUGAUGUAGAUAUGUAGAGACGGGGGUGAUGUAGAAUGAGACGGGGUGAUGAAUGGUUUUUAGAUAGAGACGGGGUGAUGUAGAAGCUGUAGAUAUGUAGAGACGGGGGUGAUGUUAAUGAAUGCGUGUAUGAUAUGUAAGACUGGGGGUGAUGUAGAUAGCGUGUAGAAUUGAGAGACAGGGUGUGUAGAAUGCUGUAGAUUGUGAGACUUGUAAUAUGUAGACGGGGUGAUGUAGAGAUGCUGUAGAUGAGAGAUCAGGGGGUGAUGAAUCUAGAUAGUAGAGACAGGGGAAUGGAAGACGGGGUGAUGUAGAAUGUUAUGUUAGAAUGAGACAGGGGGUGAAACUGUAGAUUUGUGAGACGGGGUAUAGUAGAACAGGGGGUGAUGUAGAAUCGUAGACUAGGAGUGGGUAUGUAGAAUGCUGUAGAUAUGAUAGAGACGGAGGGGUAGAUCUGUAGAGAUGAGAGAGGGGUGAUGUAAUAUGUAGAACGGGGUGUAUUUGAUUGUAGAGACGGGGGUGAUGUAGAUCUGUGAUAUGAGAGAGGGGUGAUGUAGAAUGCUGUAGAUAUGAAGAGACGGGGUGAUGUACAUGCUGUAGAGAGGGGUGGGUAGAGGAGCAUGGGGUUGAUGUUAGAUAUGUAGAGACGGGUGAUGUGAUCUGUAGAUAUGUAGACAGGGGGUGAUGAUUUAGAUUCUGUAGAGACAGGGGUUGUAGAAUGCAUGUAGAUAUGGUAGAGACAGGGUGUGUGAUUGUAGAUAUGUAGAGAGGGGUGUUAAAUGCUGUAGAUAUGUAGAGACGGGGGUGAUGUAGAAUGCUGUGAUAUGUGUAGAGACGGGGGUGAUGUAGUGUAGAUUGUAGAGACAGGGGAGUAAAAUUUGUAGAAUAUGUAGAUAUGACGGGGUGAUGUAGUAGAAGAGACGGGUGUGUGAUGGUAGAUAUGAGAGACGGGGUGAUGUAGAAUGCUGUAGAUAUGUAGAGACAGGGGUGGGGUUAUGUAGAGGUUGUAGAUAUAUGUAGAGACAGGGGUGAUUGUAGAAUGGCGUUGUGUAGAUAUGUAGAGACGGGGGUGUAGAUAUGUAGACAUAUUAGACUGUAGAUAUGAAGACGGGGUGGAUGUAGAUGUGAGAUAGGGGGUAAGAUGUUGAGAAAUGCUGUUAGAUAUGUAGAGACAUGGGGGGGUGAUGUAGAAUGCUGUAGAUAUGUAGAGCUGGGGUGAUGUAGAAUGCUGUAGAUAUGUAGAGACAGGGGUGAUGUAGAUCUGUAAGUAGGAGGGGGGGUGUAGAUUGAAAACGGGACUGAUGUAGAAUCUGAAUUAGACGGGGAUGUAGAUAUGAAGAGAAGGGGAUGAUGUAGAUAUGAAUGAGACGGGGGAUGAUGUAGAAUGUGUAGAUAUGUAGAGAUAACGGGGUGAUGUAGAAUUGCUGUUUAGAUAUGAAGACGGGGGUAUGUAGAAUGCUGUAGAUAUGUAGAGACAUGGGGGGUGAUGUAGAUAUGUAGAGAGAGGGGUGAUGUAGAAUGCUGUAGAUAUGUAGAGACAGGGGGGUGAUGUAGAAUGCUGUAGAUAUGUAGAGACAUGGGGGGUGAUGUAGAUAUGAAGAGACGGGGGAUGAUGUAGAUGUGAAGAGACAGGGGGGAUGAAAUGUGUAGAUAUGAGAGACAGGGGGGAUGAUGUAGAUAUGAAGAGACAGGGGGAUGAAUGUGUAGAUAUGUAGAGAUGACAGGGGGAUGAUGUAGAUAUGAAGAGACAGGGGGAUGAUGUAGAUAUGAAGAGACAGGGGGAUGAUGUAGAUAUGAAGAGACGGGGGGUGAUGUAGAUAUGAAGACGGGGGGUAUGAGAUAUGAAGAGACAGGGGGAUGAUGUAGAUAUGAAGAGACAGGGGGAUGAUGUAGAUAUGAAGAGACGGGGGGAUGAUGUAGAUAUGAAGAGACAGGGGGGAUGAUGUAGAUAUGAAGAGACAGGGGGGUGAUGUAGAUAUGAAGAGACGGGGGAUGAUGUAGAUAUGAAGAGACGGGGGAUGAUGUAGAUAUGAAGAGACGGGGGAUGAUGUAGAUAUGAAGAGACGGGGGGAUGAUGUAGAUAUGAAGAGACGGGGGUGAUGUAGAUAUGAAGAGACGGGGGUGAUGUAGAUAUGAAGAACGGGGGGUGAUGUAGAUAUGAAGAGACGGGGGGGGUUUGAGUUGUAGAUAUGAAGAGACGGGGGAGGUGAUGUAGAUAUGAAGAGACGGGGGAUGAUGUAGAUAUGAAGAGACAGGGGGAUGAUGUAGAUAUGAAGAGACGGGGGAUGAUGUAGAUAUGAAGAGACGGGGGAUGAUGUAGAUAUGAAGAGACGGGGGGAUGAUGUAGAUAUGAAGAGACGGGGGGUGAUGUUAGAUAUGAAGAGACGGGGGGAUGAUGUAGAUAUGAAGACGGGGGGAUGAUGUAGAUGAAGAGACGGGGGUGAUGUAGAUAUGAGAGACGGGGGAUGAUGUAGAUAUGAAGAGACGGGGGAUGAUGUAGAUAUGAAGAGACGGGGGGAUGAUGUAGAUAUGAAGAGACGGGGGAUGAUGUAGAUAUAGAGACGGGGAGGAUAGAAGGACGGGGGUGUUAGAUAUGAAGACGGGGGGAUGAUGUAGAUAUGAGAGACGGGGGGUGAUGUAGAUAUGAAGAGACAGGGGGAUGAUGUAGAUAUGAAGAGACGGGGGGAUGAUGUAGAUAUGAAGAGACGGGGGAUGAUGUAGAUAUGAAGAGACGGGGGAUGAUGUAGAUAUGAAGAGACGGGGGAUGAUUAGAUAUGAAGAGACAGGGGAUGAUGUAGAUAUGAAGAGACAGGGGGGAUGUUUGUAGAUAUGAAUGAGAAGGGGGGAUGAUGUAGAUAUGAAGAACGGGGGGAUGAUGUAGAUAUGAAGAGACGGGGGAUGAUGUGAAUAUGAAGAGACAGGGGGAUGAUGUAGAUAUGAAGAACGGGGGUGAUGUAGAUAUGAAGAGACAGGGGUGAUGUAGAUAGGACGGUGAGUAGAUAUGAGAGACAGGGGGAUGAUGUAGAUAUGAAGAGACGGGGUGAUAUGUAGAUAUGAAGAGACGGGGGGAUGAUGUAGAUAUGAAGAGACGGGGGGAUGAUGUAGAUAUGAGAACGGGGGAUGAUGUAGAUAUGAAGAGACAGGGGGGAUGAUGUAGAUAUGAAGAGACGGGGGAUGAUGUAGAUAUGAAGAGACGGGGGGUGAUUAGAUAUGAAGAGACGGGGGAUGAUGUAGAUAUGAAGAGACAGGGGGAUGAUGUAGAUAUGAAGAGACGGGGGGUGAUGUAAUAUGAAGAGACGGUGGGAUGAUGUAGAUAUGAAGAGACAGGGGGAUGAUGUAGAUAUGAAGAGACAGGGGGAUGAUGUAGAUAUGAAGAGACGGGGGAUGAUGUAGAUAUGAAGAGACAGGGGGAUGAUGUAAUAUGAGAGAAGAGGGGGGUGAUGUAGAUAUUGAAAGAGACAGGGGGAUGAUGUAGAUAUGAGAGACGGGGGGGAUGAUGGAGAUAGAAGAGACGGGGGGGGAUGAUGUAGGAUAUGAAGAGACGGGGGGGGUGAUGUAGAUAGUGAAGAGACGGGGGGUGUGGGGUGAGUGUAGAUAUGAAGAGACGGGGGGAUGGGGGGGGGUGAUGUAGAUAUGAAGAGACGGGGGAGGAUGUAGAUAUGAAGAGACGGGGAUGAGUAAUAUGAAGGACGGGGAUGAUGUAGAUAUGAAGAGACAGGGGGAUGAUGUAGAAUGCAGAGGACAGGGGGGUGAUGUAGAUAGAAGAGACGGGGGCGAUGAUGUAAAUAUGAAGACGGGGGGGAUGAUGUAGAUAUGAAGAGACGGGGGGGAGGGAUGAUGUAGAUAUGAAGAGACGGGGGGUGAUGUAGAUAUGGAAAAUGCCUCAUCGUUCUCAAGUUACUCUUAUCACAAUGGUUGGUUUGAUGUUUUUACUUUUGAUAAACUUAUGCAAAAUGUCUGGUAUUUUUAACAUUGGAAACAGGUCUAACGAUUAAUCCAGUUUAGCAUAGUGACUGUUUAUACUGUCUAUCCCCUUAACCAAGUCUCCCUUGACUUGUAAAGUGGAUUUAACAUCUCUUUAAGACUUUACAAAUUAAAAUGGGUAAAACUCAUUACAUUAAGAGGAAUGAAAAGUUGUAACACUUGACCCGGUCUCUCCUCUUGAUUUGUAAAGCCGAUUUAAAACCUCCCUGAGAUUCUCCAGAUCAAAUAGACACAAACGUUGGGAAAGAUGACAGAUAGGAUCAGUUCUCCUGAGCACUGACCUGCCUCUCUCUCCCAGGUGAACUUGGUGAUGAAUCUGGAAGGUAGCGACCUGUUGGCAGAGAAGGUGGACCGGAGAGAGUUUGUAGGCCUGCUGAAGAGGAUGUUGUUGAUCGAUGCGGAGAAGAGGAUCGCCCCUGCUGAGGCUCUCAGCCACUCCUUUAUGACCAUGCAACACCUGCUCGACUUCCCCCAUAGCAACCAGUGAGUUUUCCCCACUGGCUUUCAUACGGGUUGUCCUUUUCGUAAAGAAGAGACAUGAUGAAACAUUUAGUUAUUUGUAAAAGGGGGGACAAGCAUAAAUAAUAGCUGGGGCCUGCUGGACUGUAAUGAAAAUAACUCCAACCUCCUCCUUUCCUCUCUUCAUCACAGUGUCAAAUCAUGUUUCCACAUCAUGGACGUAACCCGGUCUCGUCCCGGUCCUUACGACACGCUCAGCCGGAACAAGGCCCCCUUCAUCAGACCGGUGACCACGACCACCACCACGGUUAAUCUGACCGGGCCCUUCAGCAAGAUGGCCGCCAUCCACAAUCAAGUAAGCAGCUCCACCACAUCAACACAGUAGCUGUCACCUGGAGGGAGGCAUUUCUAUAUGUUGGGCUAUACAUCUGUAUGAAUAGACGGCUAUAUGACAAUGUACCACUGCUAUAGCUGUUAGACUAUAUUAGAUUUGAAUGGAGACAGUUUUAUCAGACAAGGUUUUCCAUUUGAGAAACAGCUAGACCAAGGCGUGUUGUUUUCCCAUGACCUAGACCUCCAGGUGGUCAGAGUGGAUGACAUGGAGCUUUAUUGGUCCCCUUCUUCCUCACGUGGGACUGUUGCCGUUCACCUUGUUUGCAUCGUUCCCUGUUACGCUGAUGCUCCGUUGUCGUGGCAACACCGUGACGUCAUGAAGGCGACGUCAUGGCAACAGCGCGGGUGUGUCGUGUUGCUGUGGAGAGAGGUGGUUAACGAUGGAUCCGUCUGAUCCUAUUAUACACAAAUGGGCUCAACUGGCCUCACUGUCAUGUUUUUCACUUUGUUAUUCUAAAUCCCAACGAGCUAUUUCUGGAAAUACAAGUCAUUCAUUGUCAAUACACUAGAAGUCAAUUUGAGUUUUAGUACAAUGUGAAUGUGAUAGCGUCUGAACUUCAUAUACCACAAGCACAAAUUUAAGCCCAAUUGAAUCAAGUUGAUGUAUCAACACACCAUCCAUAAUUCUAGUACAUUUGUGUUCAGAAUUUACCCUUGGGGGAAUAACAGAAUGGGUGGUCACAAGUGAAGCCUUGCAUGCGUAAAACGCAUCUGCUCUGAUUGGGUGUUUACAUGGAGGUUAACUUCUCCUUCCAAUUCCUUCCAGUUACAGGAAGUAUUUGGUGGAAAAAUGUACCAGAUCUCCCAGUAUUAGCCUCUCAAAGUGUGCUUUGUGUUGACUGUCAUGUGUAUGGAGGGCCAGGCCCGGUUCUAUGUGUGGACUUUUUUAUUGGAAUCUGACCAGACAUUUGAUCACGUUGGACUCAGCCCAGGCCUAAUUCCCUGUAUUCAAUAUUGUAGGCCAGGCACCUCUGAACCACAGGCACAGGCUUCUGCUCUGUUCUUUGUUUAUUCAUAAAGCGUCCCAGAGUAGGACUGCUGAUCUAGGAUCAGUUUUGCCUUUUAAAACAUAAUUAAUAAGAUUAUAUGGACAGAUCCUAAAUCAGCACUCUUACUCUGAGAUGCUUGGUGCAUACGGCCCCUGCUGUUUGGCUCAGACUCCAGAAAGGCAGGUCGCCAUCUACUGGGGAUGUGAGGGUAAUGCGGAUUAAAUGUUGGAAUUUGUCACAAGACUUACAGUAGGAGAGGUAAUGUUUUUUUGUUUUUUUUCUUGUCUCAGAAACACACCUUGAGGCCACAAUUCCCCUUCUAUGUUGUGCUGAUGAAAUCCCUGUUGAUAGACAUUCUCUGUUUGUGUUGUUCUAACCCAUUAGCUUCUGUAGUAGAUGUCAGGGUGCUCAUGUCUCUGUGUUUAUCUUCAGGCUUUAGCCCCCUCUGCCCCCUCAGUGAUGCACCCUGGGAUACCGCUCCAAACAGGAAAUGGCCAGUUUGGCUGCAGCGACUCAUUUCAACAAGCGCUCAUCCUGUGCCCCCCAACGAUGCAGGGUAUGACUUCUUAAUCUUUCUCUCUUUCUCCCCCCCCUCCUCUCUCCUCCUCUCUCUUUCUCCCCCCCUCCUCUCUCCUCUCUCUUUCUUCCCUCCUUUCCAUCCACCUCUCUGUAGCAAAAUCUACUGACUUGGACUUACUGUGGAACACAUAUUUCCCUUUUCGGUCCUCCAGGAAUCCCCACCAACACGGCCAAGCCACAGGGCUACUCCGUACGCAUGGAGACUGCUGUGCCUCUGGUCACCCAAGCCCCCUCCAUCCAGCCCCUACAGAUCAGACCUGGGCUCAUCACACAGGUAACAGAGGGAGAGAGAAGAGAGGAGGAGGGGGGGAGCGAGCGAGAGAGAGAAAGUGCCUAGUAUUCAGGCUAGCUGUGAUUGAGUGAUUCAGACCGACAGAGAAACUGGAAAUGAUGGAGAAUCAGCAAGAUACAGCCUGGAUGCAUUUGUGCUGGGGAUGUUUUGAACAAAAUGAAUAUGUUUAGAUAGCAAUAGAAACCAUGGAAACUAGGUCACUCACCCACUGUCUGUUGUUCCUCUCCCCAGCACCAGACCUGGUCUAACCGCCCCCAGCAGAUCCUGGUGCCCGCCUGGCAACAGGUGACCCCAAUGGCGCCCCCACCAGUCACCAUGGCGUCCGACACUGUGGCAGGCCCACAGAGGCUGGGAGAAUGGGGGUGAGUGCUAUCUGUCAGCUUUUGACUGUCUGUGCUCUUUAGAGACUGUCAGUGACUAAUCCAUUUUUUACCCAUAGGGAGCCAAUAGGGAAGCUCCAAAUGAUUAUUUUUUAAACUGCAUUGUCUGUCAGUUUUGUUGCUAUGCUCUCCCCUUGACAAAAGACUUCUCUGAGAAUAUGGGACACAGUGUGAUGGCUGUCUAUCAUACUGAUGGAGAAUGAGUCACAUGCCUCUCCUUUGAAGCGGGCGAGUGAGAUCACAGCCAGUUUAGUCUCUAAUAUAGCUAAUGACCUUUGGCUCGUUACCCCCUGUUUUGUCAUUUGCAGGAAAGUGCAUCCCCAUGGCAACCAUUACAGCUCUAUGAUACCCCACCACCAUCAGCCACUCUUAACCAAUCAGAUGACCAUGUCUGCACACCAGCCAAUCAGCAUAGGCAUCGCACACGUGGUGUGGCCACAGCCCUCUGCUAACAAGAGAAACAAACCCUGCUUCAACAGGUAAACAUACACUCGCACACACAAACACACACACACACACACACAAUCUGAUUAUAAAAUCUCCUUCCUGUUAUAUCUUUCUUCCUAGAGGCAACAAUUUUGCCUACAACACCAACAUCCAAAACUCAGCAUGCCAGUCCCCAAAGAUGGCCGACACCACGAGGAAUGUCCCGGAGGAGAUAUGCCCGGAGGUGGGGCGAGCUGUACGGCCGGAGCCUGAACCGGAGCAGGGGGAGGAGCCUAGCUGCUUUAAGGCGGGUUCAGACUCUGAGGAGCGGUCUGUCUCUUAUAAGCAGCGGCAGGCCAUGGUGAUGUCUGAUCUGGCCAGCCCCACCGUCAGUGUCAUUAGUAUCAGCAGUGAUGAGGAAGAGGAGGAGGAGGAAGAGAGAACACGGAGACAUUCACUGGGGGAGUAAGUAACUACCUCAAGCAACUACAGUCCACUCAAAAUCAGUCUUUUUAAAAUAUCAAAGUCAUUAUCAUCUCAGCAUCUGUAUGUAACUAAACCAAGCCUCUCUCUUGCUUUCUCUUUCUCUCUCUCUCUCUCUCUCCCGCCCCCCAGGUGUAAGGGCAGUGCUGAAUGUGAGGCGUGUCAGAGCACAGUGAAUAUGGAGAGAGUGUGUUCCCUCAGCAGUCCAGACAGCACUCUCAGCACCAGCUCCUCUGCCUCAGCCCAGUCCAGCACCUCGCCCUGCAAACGCCCCAACAGGUAUGACCCAAUGACAACAGCCACACACACACACACACACACACAUAUGUUCGGCCUUAACCUAAAUGUUGCACCUACACCUGUCAUACAGUCUGAUUGCUCUGGCCUGUUACAGUAUAGAAUGUAUACUCCUCUCUGUGUGUGAUUGCUCUGGUCUGUUACAGUAUAGAAUGUAUACUCCUCUCUUAGUGUGAUUGCUCUGGUCUGUUACAGUAUAGAAUAUAUACUCCUCUCUGAGUGUGAUUGCUCUGGUCUGUUACAGUAUAGUAUGUAUACUCCUCUCUGAGUGUGAUUGCUCUGGUCUGUUACAGUAUGUCAGAUGAGGAGCAGGAGAGCGGUUGUGACACGGUGGACGGCUCGCCCUCCUCCGACUCCUCUGGCCCUAGCCAUAGCCCCUACAUUGCCGACGGCAACCAGAACCGUGGGCCCCGUGUGGCGUGCGUCGCCCCAGUAACGGAGCCCAGAAAGCCGGCGGUGCGCACAAUGGUGGUGCCGCCCAUGAGGAUGCAGAAUAAUAACCCCCACAUCAAGGAGACGCUAGGCAACACCAGUAAGCAUCUAACACACACACACACACAGACACACACACACACACACACGGACACACACACAGACACACACACACAGAGACACACACAGACACACACCGGACACCUGAUUCACCCACAGCAAACAGACACCCGGCUGAUUCACCCCAGACAUACACUUGACACACACCUGGUUCACACAGCCCUAUGGUUGAACAAACAGGUUCAGUAGUCAUGAACAGGUGGCCACAGUUCUCUCAUCAAAGGUAACCACAACAGACACACCUAGCCCAGGGCGGGCAGGGCAACGGAUAACACUGGAAACUGGAACCCAGUGACACAGCAUUAGCCUUAAUCUCAGUCAGGAUUGUCAGUGAUCAGACACGUAGGCUAACGGGGUCAUAGCGGGUCAGAUACCCCAUCACCACGGCUGAUGAUGUCUGCUCCACAGGUCACAUGGUGUCGGAUUACUCCUCGUUUAUAGGGCACAGAGGUACUCACAGGUGAUUAUGACUGCAGCCCUGACCUCUCAGCCUGACCUCUCAACCCUGACCUCUCAGCCCUGACCUCUCAGCUCUGACCUCUCAGCCCUGACCUCUCAGCCCUGACCUCUCAGCCCUGACCUCUCAAGCUCUCAGCCCUGACCUCUCAGCCCUGACCUCUCAGCCCUGACCUCUCAGCCCUGACCUCUCAGCCCUGACCUCUCAGCCCUGACCUCUCAGCCCUGACCUCUCAGCCCUGACCUCUCAGCCCUGACCUCUCAGCCCUGACCUCUCAGCCCUGACCUCUCAGCCCUGACCUCUCAGCUCUGACCUCUCAGCUCUGACCUCUUGGCUUCGGCCUCUGGAAUGGACGUGUGUUUUUCUGUAGAUCUAGUCUGGUUCCUGCUGGCUUUCGGUUGAGAGCCCUUUCUUUGAAUCUAUCCUUUAUUCUACCUGUGUGGAUCUGGAGCUUAUGAAGCUACAUAGGACAGGCGUAACAUCCCCUGGAACGCUUUACAACCUGACUUAGGCUUUCAUAGAGAUGGAUGACAACCAGACACGCACACAUGCGCCACAUUGUGUUCGCUGGCUGUCAUGAACACUUAGAUGUAUAUGAAUGCGUUCGUGGGGUGUUACUGAGGGGUUAUGUAUGUCGUAUGUAGGCUUCAUAACAGCUGUGGUCUUCUCCCUCUGUUCCUGGGGUUGGGCUUUUUAAGGUCCCUGUUUAUAGGUCAUUUAUAUCCUGAGUGAAAAUCACACUGUCUCCUAUCGCCUUUCAUGUCCGAGCCAGGCCCCCCCCCUCCCCCUCCCAUAGCUGACAUUCAGAAACACUCCCCAGCUAAACCCCACAGAAAAUGCCACAACUUGCUAUUCUAGUGCCCCUAGGGGGAUAUUAAUAGCCAAUGGUAUGACCCCCACUAUGAAUACGAACCAGCUUACUUACCGAUUUGGCUUCCAUCCCUUCACCAGAUCCCAGCCCAGAUCAGUUCUAGUCUAUUUAUAAACAUCCAAAUUAUGCUUGGGGAACAGAUGGCACUUUUUAAAGAGCUGUGUUUGGUCAAACCCAGUGUAAGUCAGUGAUGAGCAUGCACAAUCCCUACUGCCACACUGGUUGAUGGAUACUGUUGUCACUGGGAUGAAUCUACAGUCAGGGUUUAACUCCACUGUCAAUCUCCUCUGUGGGUUGUUGCUGCUACCCGUCAUGAUGUGGUGUUGACGUCGGUGUCUGUGUGUAAACUCAUCCCUCUCUUUCAUCUUCCUCUCCACCUCCCCUUUCUCUCUCUCUCUCUCUCUCUGUCUCUCUCUCUGUCUCUCCCCCCCCCCCCCUUCCCUCCCUCCAGUCUUAGAGUCUUCUUUCCAGUUCAAAGGGCGAGGUAUCCCCGGGCGUCAACCGCACCACUCCAUCCCCCUCCUCAACCGGCCACAGAAGAUCACUGCAUUCCAGCCCCAGCAACAGCAGCCCAUGGCCUUUGGACAGGUCAACACACGCACGCACACACACACACCCACAGACAGACAGAUGUAAUAUGUGUAUGAUACCUAACAAUCCCUCUUUCUCUCUAUUUCCAGCUCCAGCAUUACGGCUCCUGCCACCAGGAAUGGAACAGAAACUACGCCCACCGGCGCCCGCAGGCCUACAUCCCCCCCACUAUGCAUGGGCACACCUUUACCCUACCCCACGGCAGCCCCAACCACACUACAGGCCCCCACCACCACUCCCACCUGGGAGGUCACCCGCACCCGCACGGCCAGCCUACCCUUCUGUCCUACCCCCCCCCUGGGCCCCUGGUCACAGCAGCCCCUGUGGCCCACAUCCUGGCCUCCCCUGGGGCCUCGCGGCCCGUCCUGCAGCCCGCCUACAGCAUCUCUCACCCAGGCGGUAUCGUCCACCAGGUCACUGUGGGCAUCAACCCCCGGCUGCUGCCCUCACCCACCAUCCACCCCCAGGGCCAGUUCAAGGCCCUCUUCCCCCCGCACUCCUACAUCGCCUCACCUGCCUACGCCAGCUUCCCCCUCAGCCCCACCAAACUCAACCAGUACCCCUACAUCUGA